GCCCGCAUCCCCGUGCCGCAGGAGCGAGCAAGCGCGCCCCGGCCCUGCUCUCCAGCCUUCGCCCGGGCGCCCCACCUGCUUUCUCGGCUCCAGAGACCGAGCACCUGUCCUCCGCCUCGGCCGCAGCUGAGCACCCCUCCUCCGGAGCGCACACCGCCCCUGCAGCCCGAGAAGUGCCCAGCCCGUCGCCGGCGACCACCAUGGCGGAGACCAACAACGAAUGUAGCAUCAAGGUGCUCUGCCGAUUUCGGCCCCUGAACCAGGCCGAGAUUCUGCGGGGAGACAAGUUCAUCCCCAUUUUCCAAGGGGACGACAGCGUCGUUAUUGGGGGGAAGCCAUAUGUCUUUGACCGUGUGUUCCCCCCAAACACGACUCAGGAGCAAGUUUAUCAUGCGUGUGCCAUGCAGAUUGUCAAAGAUGUCCUUGCUGGCUACAAUGGCACCAUUUUUGCUUAUGGACAGACAUCCUCAGGGAAAACACAUACCAUGGAGGGAAAGCUGCAUGACCCCCAGCUGAUGGGAAUCAUUCCUCGAAUUGCCAGAGACAUCUUCAACCACAUCUACUCCAUGGAUGAGAACCUUGAGUUCCACAUCAAGGUUUCUUACUUUGAGAUUUACCUGGACAAAAUUCGCGACCUUCUGGACGUGACCAAGACGAAUCUGUCUGUGCAUGAAGACAAGAAUCGGGUGCCAUUUGUCAAGGGUUGUACCGAACGCUUUGUGUCCAGCCCAGAGGAGAUUUUAGAUGUGAUUGAUGAGGGGAAAUCAAAUCGUCAUGUGGCUGUCACCAACAUGAAUGAGCACAGUUCUCGAAGCCACAGCAUCUUCCUCAUCAACAUCAAGCAGGAGAACAUGGAGACCGAGCAGAAGCUCAGUGGGAAGCUGUAUCUAGUGGACCUGGCAGGGAGCGAGAAGGUCAGCAAGACCGGAGCAGAGGGAGCCGUGCUGGAUGAGGCAAAGAAUAUCAACAAGUCACUGUCAGCCCUUGGGAACGUGAUCUCUGCACUGGCUGAGGGCACAAAAAGCUACGUUCCAUAUCGUGACAGCAAAAUGACACGGAUUCUCCAGGACUCUCUGGGAGGAAACUGCCGGACAACUAUGUUCAUCUGCUGCUCACCGUCCAGCUACAACGAUGCAGAGACCAAGUCUACCCUGAUGUUCGGGCAGCGGGCAAAGACCAUUAAGAACACUGCCUCAGUGAAUCUGGAGUUGACUGCUGAGCAGUGGAAGAAGAAAUAUGAGAAGGAGAAGGAGAAGACAAAGGCUCAGAAGGAGACGAUCGCCAAGCUAGAGGCUGAGCUCAGCCGGUGGCGCAAUGGAGAGAAUGUGCCUGAGACGGAGCGCCUGGCUGGGGAUGAGGCAGCCCUGGGAGCUGAGCUCUGUGAGGAGACCCCUGUGAACGACAACUCAUCCAUUGUGGUGCGCAUUGCGCCUGAGGAGCGGCAGAAAUACGAGGAGGAGAUCCGCCGCCUCUAUAAGCAGCUCGAUGACAAGGACGAUGAGAUCAACCAGCAGAGCCAGCUCAUAGAGAAGCUUAAGCAGCAGAUGCUGGACCAGGAAGAGCUGCUGGUAUCCACUCGAGGAGACAACGAGAAGGUCCAGCGGGAGCUGAGCCACCUGCAGUCAGAGAACGAUGCUGCUAAGGAGGAGGUGAAGGAGGUGCUGCAGGCCUUGGAGGAGCUGGCUGUGAACUACGACCAGAAGUCCCAGGAAGUGGAGGAGAAGAGCCAGCAAAACCAGCUUCUGGUGGAUGAGCUGUCUCAGAAGGUGGCCACCAUGCUGGCUCUGGAGUCUGAGUUGCAGCGGCUACAAGAGGUCAGUGGACACCAGCGGAAGCGAAUUGCAGAGGUGCUGAAUGGGCUGAUGAAGGACCUGAGUGAGUUCAGUGUCAUCGUGGGCAACGGGGAGAUUAAGCUGCCGGUGGAGAUCAGCGGAGCCAUCGAGGAGGAGUUCACAGUGGCCCGACUCUAUAUCAGCAAAAUCAAGUCGGAAGUCAAGUCUGUGGUCAAGCGCUGCCGGCAGCUAGAGAACCUGCAGGUUGAAUGUCAUCGCAAGAUGGAGGUGACUGGGCGGGAGCUCUCAUCCUGCCAGCUCCUCAUCUCCCAGCAUGAGGCCAAGAUCCGCUCGCUUACAGAAUAUAUGCAGAGUGUGGAACUAAAGAAGCGGCACCUGGAAGAGUCCUAUGACUCCCUGAGCGACGAGCUGGCCAAGCUGCAGGCCCAGGAAACUGUGCAUGAAGUGGCCCUGAAGGACAAGGAGCCAGACACACAGGAUGCAGAUGAUGUAAAGAAGGCCCUGGAGGUACAGAUGGAGAGUCACAGGGAGGCCCAUCACCGGCAGCUGGCCCGGCUCCGGGAUGAGAUCAAUGAGAAGCAGAAGACCAUCGAUGAGCUCAAAGACCUGAAUCAGAAGCUGCAAUUAGAGCUAGAGAAGCUUCAGGCUGACUACGAGAAGCUAAAGAACGAAGAACAUGAGAAGAGCAGCAAACUCCAGGAGCUGACAUUUCUGUACGAGCGACAUGAACAGUCCAAGCAGGACCUCAAGGGUCUGGAGGAGACAGUUGCCCGGGAACUCCAGACCCUCCACAACCUUCGCAAGCUGUUCGUUCAAGACGUCACGACUCGAGUCAAGAAAAGUGCAGAAAUGGAGCCCGAGGACAGUGGGGGGAUUCACUCCCAAAAGCAGAAGAUUUCCUUUCUUGAGAACAACCUGGAACAGCUUACAAAGGUUCACAAACAGCUGGUACGUGACAAUGCAGAUCUGCGUUGUGAGCUUCCUAAAUUGGAAAAACGACUUAGGGCUACGGCUGAGAGAGUUAAGGCCCUGGAGGGUGCACUGAAGGAGGCCAAGGAAGGAGCCAUGAAGGACAAGCGCCGGUACCAGCAGGAGGUGGACCGCAUCAAGGAGGCCGUCCGGUACAAGAGCUCCGGCAAGCGGGGCCAUUCUGCUCAGAUUGCCAAACCCGUCCGGCCCGGCCACUACCCAGCAUCUUCACCCACCAACCCCUAUGGCACCCGGAGCCCUGAGUGCAUCAGUUACACCAACAGCCUCUUCCAGAACUACCAGAACUUGUACCUGCAGGCUGCGCCCAGCUCCACCUCAGACAUGUACUUUGCAAACUCCUGUACCAGCAGCGGGGCCACAUCUUCCGGCGGGCCCCUGGCUUCCUACCAGAAGGCCAACAUGGACAAUGGAAAUGCCACAGAUAUCAAUGACAACAGGAGUGACCUGCCUUGCGGCUAUGAGGCUGAGGACCAGACCAAGCUUUUCCCUCUCCACCAAGAGACGGCAGCCAGCUAAUCUCCCUCAUGGACUGCCGCAUACCUGCACUUUCAGGUAGCUUCAGGCUGCUUCCUCUGACCAGCCUCCGGUUGCCUCCUGUCUGGCCCUCAGCCUCUUUGUUUCUCCUGCUUUUUUUCAUCAUCUCAAAACUUUUACUAUAUAGUCGUCCCUCAGCUCCUGCUUUCCCUGCCUGGGGGAUAGGCCCCUCCUGGCCCCCAGGCUCCGGACACUGACCUCCCCUCCUCCCCCGCUGAUGCUUUCCUUUUGGCCAAAGCAGUAACCACAGUACUGCUUUUCGGCCACUAGGGGUCACUGCCACAUGUCAAAAAGAGUGAGCAGGGGUGAUGUCCGUCUAGAGCCACACCCCGCCCCCCCCGGAAUGUAGUGGAUAUUAGGAGACCUUGAGAGAUCAUCUCAACCCCCUGUCUGCCUCCACCCUAAAAGAAUUUUGGAUGGAUAGGUAUUUUCUGAACCAAGAUACCUCCAGUAAAGGAGGUGUUGGCUUCAUUCCUGUACCUGUGUCCCAUACAUCUCCUAUCUGCGUAGGUCACCAGUAAGCUUUAGGAAAUGCCCCAGGAGGUCUGACUUGUUGUCUCCACACUGCAGCGUCAGCACUCCCCUGCCACCUUGCUCCGUGGAGGUAGUAAAUAGCUGUGUUCCCCCUCGUAGCCCCCUCGUUCCACCUCUGUCCCCAGGUCCUCUCUUCCAGCAGCUCAGGCACCUUCCCGGUGCUUGUGUGUCACCAGGCUUCUCACUGGCUUUAGGGCCCAGAACUAGACAUUAGGAGCCUGUCUUAUUGUCCCCUUUGGAUCUCUGGAGAACGAGAAAUGAGAGGAAUAGGGCCAGUCGCUCACUGGGCUGCGUCCAGGCCAAGCCCUCUCUGGGGGCGUUCCAGGGUAGUAGGCCAGGCACACAGAGGCAGAAGGGCGUGAGGAGCCAGGGAGGAGGGAUGGGGAAGAAAGAGGAAGGCCUGGGGGAGAGGAGCAGGCCCUGGGGGAGUGGUGUCCAGUUGGUGGCAUUAAAGGAACAAGACUGUAAGUCGAAGUUUGUACAAAUGCCACCCUGUUCCUGUUGAGUGGCUGGGCUGCAAGGUGGUUCCUCACAACCUCUUUCUCUUUCUUCCCCAGUUUCUAAGAGGGCCUGAGGCCUCUCCUCUCAGCAUGCUGCAAACCUGUGGUCUCUGAUACUAACACCUCCCUCCCAACCCUAGUUGUUCAACUGUACUGUUUGAUGUCUUCUCUUACUCUGUACCUCUUUGUACUCUGUAUCUGUAUAUCAAAAGCUGCUGCUAUGUCUCUCUCCUCUCUGUCUUACUCUCUAAGUAUCUAAUGAUGUAUUUAGCAAUUUCUAAGCAUAGUAUACUCACUCUCCUCAUUUGGGGCAAUAGGGAGGAGGGUGAGUGUUUCUUCUUUCAAACACGUGUCUCUCACACUGAGUGGUAUUAGUCAUGGAGAUGAUAAAAGGAAAAAUGGGAGCUAGAGGGCCGUGACCCUUCACACACACACACGCACGUGUACACACGCACGCGCGGACACACACACGCACACACACAAAGCCUUAAGUGGAAGAAUGUCUUAGCGUCAGAAGAAGACACAGAAAUAGACUCUCCCCCUCCUUUUUCACCGACAGCACAGGGGAGGGUAACCUGGAAGGACUGCUACCUGACACGUAGAAUUUUCUUCAUAUACCCCUCAACUGAACCACCCUCCCUUUUUGUACCUUUUGCCUUCCUCUUCCUGUCCCCUGACCCACUGCCCCGAUGACCGAGGACAUGGAUUGUUCAAGGGACCAUUUCCCUUUCUCCUCAAAACUCCUUUUGAUAUUCUCUGCCCCAGAACUCAUGAACAGAACCUAGAGUUGCUUUAAAGUAUUUGGAAAACCUGAGGAGGCAGACCCUUCCCAACAGUCUGUCAAUGGCUGCUCAUAUGUCCGGUGAUAGUUACAGGCACGUGUAGUCAGCGAAUUGCUUCUGUGGGGUUGGGGGUGAACAGGCUGGGAAAUUCCAAGUAUUUUUUGCCACAGUGAUGAGCUGGAUUCUUUUCUCUGUCCCAUAUUGGGCUGCAUGUUCUUCUCACGUCCACCUUUUGGUUUGGGACCUUCCAGUUCAUUGGCAAAAUACCUAUCUCAAGAUGCUUUCCUUUCCGGCUAGAGCCUGACUUUUCCCCAUGAUGCAUAAAAAAUUUUUUUUGUUUGACAGAAUUCCUUUGAUAAUGUCCCCAUCUGGUUUUAAGUGCACUUUGAAGAAAUGGGCAGAGCAGAUUUUCCAGACGGGGGGGGGGGGGGGGGGGGAGUUCUCUCCCCCCAACACUGCCCCAUGUAAUUGAUAGGACUGUUAUUUUGGUUUCAGACAUCCUUUCCUUCCACAUGGUGCUAAGGUGGUUUUCUAGGUAACUACAGGGGUGGAGAGUGGAGGUCAAAAUCAACAAAGUCCAAAUCAAGAAAGUCUGGUGUCCAGACACCCAGUCUUAUGUAGGAUGGAAGAACAGGAUCCCCCAGCAGCAGGGCAACCAUCACCUAGCUUCUAAGGCAAGAAAGAAAGCUUGGGGUGAGUGCCAGCUUAUAAAUGCAGGCCGUAUUGGCCUGGGACCCCUUCAAGGGAAAAAGUUCCUUCUUCCUUCACCUGUUGGGCCCCUCUUAGCAAUUAUGGAAAAAUGCAGGGAAAAAUCUACCAGAAGGGUGUAGAGUAAAUCCAAGGCAGCGAUAUUCAAACAUUUUUAAAAAUAAAUCUUAUAUAGAAUCCUGAUAUAAAAAAUAACCCAAAGUGACGCAAACCUGGGCAGUUUACAUUUUCUUGAUUUGGUGGAAAAUGCUUCGUUAGUGGAGGAGCUCUUGAAUGGUCCUAAGAGUUCAGAACCUGAGGGUUCUGUAGAGUAGUUUGCAAGCCACUGCUCUGAGGGAAAGGGGUUCAGCUUGGCUCCCCUGCCCCAAGCCCCUAACUCAGAGCAGAGAGGGAAAGGCCCAAUGGGAGAAGAAGGAAGAUGCCUGUGCACCUGUGGACUUGAGCUAAUAUUUGCCAACAGGGCAGCUGAGAAGCCAGUGGGCUUUAUGUAAUCUUGCCACCAAAUAAUUCUUUUAAAACGCAUAAGAAAACGUGAAGGUGUUGGGCAGAUGAGGAGAGAGAUGUAAGGGGAAUCUAAUUCACUUACAUAAAUAAGAACACGCACGCAAGGCCUUCACCAGAAGCUUCACUCUACAUCCCCCCCACCCCAGCAUCCCUUUCCAGAGAGCCAGGGUCACCACAAGGGGCACCUGGUCUGCCCACUCACAUCUGCCAAAAUGUUGCAUGCCAGUGUGGAAGACAAACCAAGCCGCACAAACCCCAGUGUGUAUUUACUUGAUGUACAUAGAUACCUUGAAAAUAAAAUAAAUUCAAUGAUGA